AGUGCGACAAGGAUCGCUUUUCUGAUCGCAACCGUACCGCGAGCGGCUAUUGCGGCCGAGCCGUACAAUUGUCACGCGCGGCGCGGCGACAAGAGGAGCAGGGCUGGCUGGCCGGGUCGGGGUCGCCUCCAGGGAGCACGGACGGGACGGCCGCCCACGUAUAUAACUGCCCACCCGCCGGCGCCGCCCCGCUCCGCGCUCGUACUCGCGAAUCGCAGUCACGCUCAGAGUCACACCACCACGUCGGGCAACUAGGUUCGGCUGGCACGCGCGGAGGCGCCGGGAGGGAGUCGCCGGACUCCGUUGGCUCGGUGCACGGGUUGGGUAGCAUUCGGUUAGCAUGAGCGAGGGAACGCGGGAGAUGAGGCGGCUGCGCGUUGGCAGCGCCGGCGGCGGGGGCGGCAGCAAGGCGAACGCGAGCGGCGGCAUCGGCAUCGGCAUCGCCGACGAGUGGAGCAGCGGGGGGCGCGGCAUUGGGGCGCGGAUCCGCGGGGUGAACGUGGGGAUCCUGGACGAGCAGGUGCUGGCGCUGGUGUUCCGGGCGCUCAACUGGGACCCGCAGGCGCUGUGCUCCGUGGCGCGGGUCAGCCGCCGCCUGCGCGCCGUCGCGGAGCGCGUGCUGUGGCGGGAGCUCUGCGUCUCGCGCGCGCCGCGGAUGGUGUCCACGCUCACCACGGGCUCCUCGGCCGCGUCGGGCCGCGUGGGCGGCGGGUGGCCGGCGCUGGCGAAGCUGCUGCUCUUCUGCUGCGGCGCGGCGGGGGCCGGCGUGCGGGGCCACUUCGCGCCCGUGUCGCGCUUCUCCAAGACGUCCGGCCGGAGCUUCCUGUCGCGCCGCUGCGGCGGGGACCUGCUGUACGUGUCGGACCCGUGCGAGCACGCGGCGGCCGGCGCCGCGGCCGACGAGGACGUGGGCGCCUACCGCGGCGUGUUCCGCGGCUUCAUGCGCUCCCGCACGCGCGCCUGCCUGGUGGGCGGGCGCGCCCCGCUGGAGCCCCGCGUGCGCUGCCCCUACUGCGGCGCGCGCGUCUGGAGCGUCACAGCGGCCGGCCUCGCGCCCCGCAGCGCGUGCCGCCGGCUCGGCGCGCACGAGGGCCGCCUCGAGUACUUUGUCUGCGUCAGCGGCCACCUCCACGGCAGCUGCUGGCUCGCGCGCCUCUCCUCCAGCGACGGCGACGGCGACGGCGGCCGCGGUGGCGAGGACACCGACUCUGACGACGACGGGUUCACUGCCACGGCCGACAGCGACGACGGGCACAUGGAGCUGUGACGCGAAGAGCUUGUCUUAGCCACAUGAAAAUGCAGUAGAGUAGAAGCAUAUUCCCCGUUUGUUUUGUUGGCUUUGUAUAAUCUCGUGGCUCCUGUGGCCUUGCUGCAAUCUAUUUUUGCACUGCCGCACAGCUGUUUGUUUCUUCUAUCGGUUCAGAAGCGACGUGCGUUGGUGCGGCGCCAGCUACAGAUUCAGACUUGCUCUUUCGAGCGACCUCCCGCGGCCGCAACUUACCUGAAAUAAACUACUCCUAUAGUAGGAUCUCAUGGCUGA